UUAAGUAUAUUAUAUAAUAUAUUCUCGUAAUAAUUUCAAGAACAUUGUGAAAACCGGUCAAAGAUGAACGAUACCAAACGCCGCUCAACAAUAACAUUACCAGCAAUAGAAACGAUUCAGAGAAAUGUUCGCCAAGUGCCUACGAUUUAUUCUCGGAAACCACGGGAUAUACCGUUUCAUUUGCCGCACAGGAAAUUAUUGGAAAAGAUUGAGUUUGUGGAAAAGGAACCCGAGCCAUUGACUGGCUUCGCCGCAGCGCAAGAAGAUAGAUACACGAGGGAAAGGAAAAGUGCUAAAAUACAAUUAGAACCAAUAAAGCAUGAGGAAGGUGCUGACAAUUUAAAGUUGUAUUGUUCAGUCAAGAAAAAGAAAGCCAUUAAGAUACGAGAGUCGCGAAGCAGCAUGGACGAUGAAAGGAAAGAAGAGCCGACUGCAGACCCUCUCAAGCUAAAACCUCAGGUGGCCUCGCAGAAGGAGGUGAUAGACCACGUACGCUCCAAUCCCCAGUGCGGCUUCCUAUACAUGAUUUACGCUGUACAUCCACAGAAUGUAUACUUCACACCGUACUACCUAAAAGUUGUUAAGUAUGAAGAUCUGGAUAGAAAGAAUUAUUUCACAAUAAGCCCGUGCGGCGUGACGCACUACACUAGCGAGAUGGUGUUCACAAAGCUCAACGACUGGGAACAAGAGUACACUGUGUUUGUGCAGCUACAUGAGAUAACAUUCUUCAAAGUGUACCGAUAUUGGAAAGCUUUGUACGUAUGGCACAAGUCAGUCCGGUUCCGAAAGUACAGUCGGCUGCGUAGCGUACUCUCCCGCCAGCUGUUCCUCCUGACGCCGCCGCUUGCGCGUGCUCUACUGACUGUGCAGGCGCUGUGUUGUCGGAUGUUGGAGGUGUCGCUCGCAGACACAACACGACAUAUGGAUACGCCUUUCUUCUACUUUAACGAGGCGCAGAUGAUACGUUUGGAGAUGGUGCGUCGGCGCAUAACGGAAUUUCGAUCGGUGGCGCACGAAGCGGUGACGGCGGCGGGACACGAGGCUUUGCGCCUGCGCGGCUUCACCGUCGAUGACCACGAGGUGCCGCCACCCGCCAUCGUGCGAGGUCGCCCUGUCGGCGGCAUGUCCUACACACAGAAGGCGAACAAGAGAAAGUACUGUGAACGACUCGCUUGUUUCAUCAAGCUGGUCGAUUAUAUGACGAACUAUAUGCUGCACGGGCUGACAAAUCGCUCCAACGCGCACAUGGCAAAUCUGCUGCGCACACACGCCUCGUUCACGCCCUCACAUGAUCUGCUCACCUCGCUUGACGUCGAUACCGUGCUGGAGGUAGUGCCCAGGCCCGUUGAAAUAUGCAAGUGGGCUCUGUUUCAAGUUGACGCCUACGUGCUCCCCAGCGGGGAGGUGGAGUUGAAUCCCAGCGAGAAGAUAAUCUCCGAGUAUAUCAGCAAGGUAACGGAGUAUUGGGACGAGGUCGUGCGGACGUUCCACAACUUUCUUAACGACGACGAUCUGCAGAUGUUCGUGCAGCCCACCAUCAUGGGCAAGCAGGUCGAGUGGUCGGCUGGAGUUUCACCUAAUCUUUACUUCCUUAUGAAUCAAGAUAAGAAAAUGCUAGAAGAUAUUACAUACAUUCCUACCGCUAUCAAAGAAGCUUUCGGGGUGGUGGAUGUAUUUUUAAACAGAAUGAAAACGUUUAUGGUGGAAUUUAAAGCGGCACAUGAAAUGGAUCUGAACUUAAUUAGAGACGAAAGAGAUGUGAACGCAUUCAAAUUGCUCUGCGACAAGCUCGUGAAGCAGAUGGAGACGAUUGAGGACGUGGUCAGCUACCAGCCGCUCGGCAUCAUCUUCCUCAACCUCUGCCCGUUCCAGGAGCUGUUCAGGCCACAGCCCAGGCGGCUGUUCGAUGUGGUUUUGAACACCACUCCGGACGUGGGUCGUGCUUGUAUCGACGAGAUCCUGGAGGGUAUCGAGUCCAUCAGCGCGGACAUCAGCCGGGAACCGGAGACUGCGGCCGAGCUAGUGGAGUUCAACAGCCUGCUAGACGGCCUCGAGAGCCGCGUCGCAUUCCUCGAGGAACGGCUGGAGUACCUGCGCGAGUUGUAUGACUUCAUGGGAGAAUUCAAUAUCCCAAUUUCACCUGAAGAUAUGACCGAUUACUUGGGUCUGAGCGUCGCACUGGGCACACUACGUACCAGCGUGGACGCGCGGUUAGAAACGCGCGGAAAGCUUGCUGGCCAGUUCGCCUCGCAGGUAGGCCGCGAUCUGAUGCAGCUCAUGGAGGAGGUCAACACGCUUCACGCACAAGUGGCGCAACCUUGGCUCUACGACGACAGUUCGGAUAUGGCCAAGGUUAUUGAAGUGUUGGACGACCUCAUGUCUAAGCUCAUGGUAUGCUUCGCCAGAGACAAACAGAUCCACGAGUGGCAGAAGAUAUUUAAAAUUCCGCCGUCGCGACUCGACCAGUUGGAUGAGGCAAUCAAUGAUGUCAAACUGAGACAAAUGUUGUGGAAAUCUUCCAAGGAGUGGGAUGAUCAUUAUCGUAGUUGGUACGAAGCGCCUUUCAACACCCUGGAUGUAGACGAGAUACAGACUGCCGCCGUCAAUUACGGCAAGCAAUUCAACCAGAUGGACAAGGCGCUGCCGCCGAACAAGAUUGUACCCAGAUGCAAACAAUCUAUUGACGUUAUGAAGGAUAAGCUGCCGGUGAUCUCGUAUCUGCGGAGUCCAGCGCUGAAGGCGCGGCACUGGGUGCGCGUAGAGGAAGUGCUGCACACUCGCUUUGUGCCCGGUGUGCCGCUUACACUCGCCGAUCUCGAGCAGCUCGGUGCCUUCCAGCACGCCGAGGAGCUCAUGGAAAUCGCAGCCCAAGCCAACUCCGAGGCCGGUCUUGAGGCCCUGCUCAAAAAGGUGGAGGAGACGUGGGCGGCGCUGGAGUUCCCAGUGCUACCGCACAAGGACUCACGCGACGUGUUCAUGCUGGGAGGGCUGGAGGAGGUGCAGGCGGCGCUGGACGAAAGCUGCGUCAACGUCAACACCAUCCUCAGCUCCCGCAGCUGCGGCCCGCUCAAGAGCCGAGUCGAGGAGUGGCAGCGGAACCUUGAGCUCUUUGGCAAAACACUUGAGGAGUGGCAGCAAUGCCAGCAGACGUGGAUGUACCUGGAGGCGAUAUUUAGCGCGCCUGACAUCCAGCGACAGCUACCCAAUGAAACCCGGCUCUUUACCAUCGUCGACAAGUCUUGGAAGGACAAUAUGCGUAAAGUCGCUAAGGUACCGUUAGCGUUGCCAGCCGCGACGCAGCCCAAGCUAUAUGAGGAGCUGGUGCGCAAUAACGAGAUGCUGGACCAGAUCAUGAAGUGUCUGGAGGCGUACCUCGAGACCAAGCGAGUUGCCUUCCCGCGCUUCUUCUUCCUCUCCAACGAUGAACUUCUCGAGAUCUUAGCGCAGACUCGCAAUCCGCAUGCGGUACAACCACACUUGCGCAAGUGCUUCGAUGCGAUUGCCAAGCUGGAGUUCGGCGUGAAGUUGCCGGAGAGCGAGAUGGAGGUGGCGGAAGACGGCACAUUGGUGGAACGCGAGAUGUCACCGCGCUCGCGCGAUCGCCUGCAGGCUGCUCUGGCGCUUACUGCACGCCCCGAGGACCUCACCACAGACAUCGUCGCCAUGCUCUCACCCGAGAGCGAGCGCGUCAACCUGGGCAAGGGUUUAAAGGCGCGCGGCAACGUGGAGGAGUGGCUGGGCAAGGUGGAGGCAGCCAUGUUCGCUUCAGUAAAGCGCUGCAUGAAGUAUGCUCUUCGCGACUACGAGAUGCGCCCCCGACCUCAGUGGUCCGCCCUGCAUCCAAACCAGGUGGUGCUGACCGUGUCUCAGAUAAUGUGGGCCCGGGGCAUCCACGAGGUGCUCAGCGGCGCCGAGGGUGAGGACGUAACGACAGGUCUGGCUGAGUUUGAGCGGCGCAGUGUGGGCGACCUGAACGCACUCGCCGCCCUCACGCGCCAGCCACUCGGCGCGCUCUUCCGCCGUGUGCUCUGCGCUCUCAUCACCGUUGACGUGCACGCGCGUGAUUCCGUCUCCAAUAUGGUCGAGAAGCGCGUUCAGAAAGACACGGACUUCGAGUGGCUGAAGAUGAUUCGCUACUACUGGGAGGAGGAGCUGGACAACUGCGUGGCGCGCAUGUCUAGUGCAAUGUACAUCUACGGCCACGAGUACCUUGGCGCUGGAGGCGUGUUGGUGAUAACUCCGCUGACUGACCGCUGCUACUUGUGUCUCAUGGGAGCACUCCAACUGGACCUGGGCGGAGCGCCCGCCGGCCCCGCAGGCACUGGCAAGACAGAGACCACUAAGGAUCUGGCCAAAGCCGUCGCUGUACAGUGCGUCGUAUUUAAUUGCUCCGAGGGUCUGGACUACAAAAUGAUGGGCCGGUUCUUCUCUGGGCUGGCGACCUCCGGCGCGUGGUGCUGCUUCGACGAGUUCAACCGUAUCGACAUCGAGGUGUUGUCCGUCAUCGCUCAGCAGCUCAUCACCAUCCGCAACGCCAAGAUUGCAAGACUCUCCAGAUUCAUGUUCGAGGGUCGCGAGAUAAAGUUGGUGCGCACAUGCGCGGCGUUCAUCACCAUGAACCCGGGCUACGCUGGCCGAACCGAGCUGCCGGAUAAUCUGAAGGCGCUCUUCCGGCCCAUCUCAAUGAUGGUGCCUGACUAUGCGCUGAUCGCGGAAGUAAUCUUAUAUUCCGAGGGAUUCGAGUCCUCCAAGGUUCUGGCGCGCAAGAUGGUGCAGAUGUACAAGCUGUCCAGCGAGCAACUCUCCAAGCAGGACCACUACGAUUUCGGCAUGCGUGCGGUCAAGAGUGUGCUGGUGAUGGCAGGCGCCCUAAAACGUGCGAACCCUGACCAAGUCGAGGAUCUGACGUUGCUGUGCGCGCUCAACGACAGCAACCUACCUAAAUUUCUGGCGGCGGACGCGCUGCUGUUUGCCGGCAUUCUCUCCGAUCUGUUCCCGGGCCUCGAGCUUCCCGUGCGCGAUUACGGUGUAAUGGAGGAGGCCAUCAAGUACUGCCUGCUGGAGCGCAACUUGCAAAUUGAAGCGUGCCAGAUUCGUAAGGUGAUUCAGUUACACGAGACGAUGAUCGUGCGCUGGGGAGUGAUGCUGGUGGGACCCACCGGCGGCGGGAAAACGGUCGUGCUGCACGUACUGGGAGAAACGUACAUUCGACUGCAUGAGCAGGAGGUGGAGGGCCCCCAGAACAAACCGGUGCACAUGUACACGAUGAACCCCAAAAGUCUGAGCAUCGGCGAGCUGUACGGUGAAGUGAACCUGCAGACGCUGGAGUGGCACGACGGUGUGCUGCCGCUCAGUUUGCGCAUUGCCGUUCAGUGCACCGCCACCGACCACCAAUGGAUCAUCUGUGAUGGCCCCGUUGACGCCGUUUGGAUUGAGAACAUGAACACCGUGCUCGACGACAACAAAAUGCUCUGCCUUGCCAACUCCGAACGCAUUAAGCUCACGCCCCACGUGCACAUGCUCUUUGAGGUGGGGGACCUAGCGCAGGCGUCUCCAGCGACUGUGUCGCGCUGUGGCAUGGUGUACGUCGACCCGCGCGAGAUGGGCGUGCUGCCGUACGCACGCUCUUGGAUCGCGGGCGCCGCAGCUCAGGGCCUACUCACCGGCGAUCACCCUGACUUUCUCUAUCAAAUGUUUUUGAUGCUACCCGAGGGACUCGAUUACGUCACCGAUAAGUGCACGGUCGGGAUAAAACAGGUGGAUGCGAGCAAAGUGGCGGCCCUGUGUAGUCUGCUGGGCAGCCUGUUAGCCGAGCCGGGCGAGCGGUUUCCGGACAAAUCGGCGGCACGCAGCUACCUUGCACUUUGCUACCAGUUCUGCUACGCCUGGGCCGCCGGCGGAAACCUGCUCGAAUCCUUCCGACGACCAUUCGAUGAGUUCAUCAAGAGACAGUUCGAGACCUUCGAGGAGGGAGAGUACCUGCCGACUGGCAUGAACCUGUUCGAGGUUUACGUGGAUACGAAGCUGCGGCGAGCCCGGCCCUGGUCCGAGUCCACGCCGCCCUUCACCUACGAUCCCGACAGGCCGUUCUUCGAGACCCUCGUACCCACUACAGACACAGCGCGAUACGGCCAUUUGCUGCGUCGCUGGCUUGCCACGAACCGACCCACUAUCUUCACUGGUGACACGGGAGUCGGCAAAACCUGCAUCAUCCUGCAAGUGUUGAACAAGAUGCAGACUACAGACUCUUUCAUACCGGUCACACUCAACUUCUCUGCACAGACCAGCAGCAAGAAAACACAGGAGGCGAUCGAACAGCGGCUGGAAAAGCGACCUCGGCGUGCCCUAGGCGCGCCGCUAGGCCGCCGCAUAGUUGUGUUCGUGGACGAUGUCAACAUGCCGCGCCUCGACAUAUACGGAGCUCAGCCCACCAUCGAACUGCUCAGACAGUUCCUGGAUUUCGGCGGUUGGCACGACCGCGACAAACUGUACUGGAAGGAGAUCAUCGACGUGGUUGUGGUGGCGGCGUGCGCCCCGCCCGGCGGCGGCCGCAACCCGCUCACCGCGCGCUUCGUAAGGCACUUCGCCAUGCUGCAUGUCGCCGCACCGGACUCCUCCGCGAUGAUCACUAUAUUUAAAUCGAUCUUGGGCGGGCACAUGGAGGACUUCGUGACGGAGGUGUCGUCGCUAGCGGACAACUUGGUGCGUGCGGCGGUGGAGGUGUACGGGCGUGUGUGCGCGCAGUUGCUGCCGACUCCUGCACGCGCCCACUACGUUUUUAAUCUGCGAGAUCUGUCCAAGUGCGUGCAGGGUGCAUUGCAAGCGCGGGCGGCGUACGUGCGCGUCCCACGCGAAAUGCUACGGCUGUUCUAUCAUGAAUGCUUGCGAGUAUUUCAUGACCGGCUCAUUUGCGUAGAAGACAAGACCUUUUUCUACAGGCUAAUGUGUGAUGUUUGCGAGAAAAACUUCAAAGAACCGGUGUUGGAAUUGCCUGAAGGAGAGCUUAUUGAAGAGCCGCCAAUGCUCCUAUUUGGAGACUUCAUAAAUCCCUCAUUGCCAAAAGAAAUGAGGGUGUACCGGGAACUUCCAGACAUGGAAAAACUCAUGGCAGUGCUCAAGGAAUACCUAGACGAGUAUAACGCUAGUGCGCGUACGGAGAUGCGACUGGUUGUAUUCAGUGAGAUGGCGGAGCACGUGACGCGCGUGGCGCGCGUGCUGCGUGCCGAGCGCGGGCACGCACUGCUCGUGGGACCAGCGGGCUCAGGCCGGCGCAGCGUUGCCGCGCUCGCCGCUCACCUCAACGACUGCCGAUGCAUGGGGAUGGAGCUAAAGCGGAACUACGACGUGCCCGAGUUCCAUGAGGACCUGGUGAAGAUGUACAUGAGCGCGGGCGUAGCUCUGCGGGAGACCGUCUUCCUCUGCACCGACUCGCAGCUCUCUCGUGACGACUUUCUCGAAGAUGUCAACAAUAUGCUCAAUACGGGUGAAGUAAACAACCUGCUGGAAGGCGAUGCGUACGAGCAGAUGCAGUCAGGAUGUGGACAAGAUGCUGCGAAGGCCGGGGUCAACCUCUCCGACCGCGACGCUCUCUACCGAUUUUUCAUCAACCGCGUGCGCGCCAAGCUCCACCUCUGCAUUUGUAUGAGUCCCGUUGGCGAAGGUUUCAGACGACGCUGUCGCAUGUUUCCUUCUCUGGUGAACUGUUGUACUAUCGACUGGCUGACCAAGUGGCCACCGGGAGCGCUGCACUCGGUGGCACGCCAGUCACUGGCGCCGCUCGGCGACGCUAAGCUCAUCAAUGACGUAUCCACAGUCUGCGUAUCCAUGCAUCAGGACGUGGAUGUAAUGUCGGAGCGCCUAUUUACGGAGCUUCGGCGACACUUCUACUCGACGCCCAGCAGUUACCUCGACCUGCUACAGCUCUACCUCUCGCUGCUGGAUGCCAAACGGCAGGAGAUCAUCUCCGGCCGCGACCGCGUCUCCUGUGGCCUCGAGAAGCUGUACAGCGCAUAUGAGUCGGUGGGUGCUAUGGAGCGUGCCGUGCGAGAGAUGGAGCCGCUGCUGGCGCGCAAGGCGGCGGAGGGCUCAGCGCUGGCGGCGCGCCUGCAAAACGAGCGCCGCGCAGCCGAUCUCGUGCGGAGCGCCUUACUCGUCGAUGAGGCUAACGCCAAGAUGAAAGCAGACGAGGUGAGGCAGAUCGCAGACGAAGCGAAGGCGGACCUGGCGCUGGCCAUGCCCGCCAUGGAGGCUGCGCAGGACGCGCUCAAGGCAUUGAAUAAAGCCGAUAUCAAUGAAUUGAAAGCAUUUCAGAAGCCUCCCACGCUCGUGCGCUUCGUCAUGGAGCCAGUUUGCAUUUUGCUAGGAGCGAAGCCCGAUUGGGAUUCAACAAAAAAGCUUCUGGCCGAUGUGAACUUUAUCCGAAACCUGCAAGAGUACGAUAAGGACCACAUCCCUGACGCCACCCUUAAAAAGAUCAAGACUUAUCUCACGCACAAGGAUUUCAAUCCCGAUACAGUCGUUAAAGUCUCCAAGGUUUGCCGCUCCAUGGUGCUGUGGGUGCAGGCCAUCGACAUGUACGCAAAGGUGUUUCGCGUAGUGGAGCCCAAGAUCCUUAAACAUAAAGAGGCUGCGGGCAUCCUGCGUAGCGUAAUGGCAGAGUUACGCGCCAAGCAGAAGCAGGUGGAAGCGGUGGAGGCGCAGCUGGCGGCCAUGCAGCGCGAACUGGAGAUUGUAGAGGAGGAACGUGACCGGCUGCAGGCGGAUGUACAGUUAGCCGCCGCCCGCUUGGCGCGGGCAGGCAGCCUUACACAGGCGCUCGCCAAUGAGCAGUCGCGCUGGGAGAACAGCGUCAAGGAAGCGUCGUUGCAGUUAAUCGACGCUACCGGCAACGUGCUGGUGGCGGCCGGCUGCAUUGCGUACUUCGGCGCCUUUCCUGCACACUAUCGGCGUGAGCUCGAGCACAAGUGGGUGGCCCAUUGCGCGGAACUCAAGAUACCCGCUUCUCCCACUUUCGACCUAGUGGGCACGGCGGCGGGGCCGGGGGCGCGGCUCGCAUGGCAGUCGCAAGGGCUGCCGCGGGAUGCUGGCUCCGCCGAGAAUGCCACGUUGGUCGUGAGCGCCGGCCGUCGACCGCUCGCCAUAGACCCUCAGCAGCAGGCGAAUCGGUGGAUAAAGAACAUGGAACGGGAGAACGGGCUGCACGUGGCCAAACCGACGGCGCCGAAUCUGCUGCGCAUAUUGGAGAGCUGCGUGCGUCUCGGCUGGCCGAUGCUGCUGGAGGACGUGGGCGAGGAACUGGACGCUGCACUUACGCCGCUACUGCUCAAACAAACCUUCAUACAGGGUGGUCGUCUGCUGAUUCACCUCGGCGACAGCGACAUAGAGUAUGACCCGCACUUCCGGCUGUACCUUACCACAAAGCUCGGCAACCCGCAUUACUUGCCCGAGAUCUGCAUCCAGGUUACCUUGGUCAACUUUACUGUGACGCUCUCCGGACUAGAGGAACAACUGCUCGCUGAGGUGGUGAGCUUGGAGCGUCCCGAGCUGGAGCUGCAGCGCACGCAGCUGACGCAGCGCAUCGCCGCCGACCGCACCUUGCUACUUGAUAUCGAGGAGCGCAUCCUGCACCUGCUGCACGCCUCCACUGGGAACAUUCUUGACGACGAGGUCCUCAUCGAGACGCUCAACGAGAGUAAGGAAACUUCGGAGAUAAUCUCGGCGCGUUUGGCCGAGGCGGAGAUUACGGAGCGCAGCAUAGGUGCGGCGCGUGAGCGGUACCGCGAGGUAGCAGCGCGCGGUGCACUGUUGUACUUCGCCAUCGCACAGCUCGCGGACCUUGACCCUAUGUACCAGUUUUCACUGUCGUACUUCACACAGAUAUUCAAGCGCGUGGUGGAGGAGCCGGCCAAGGAGGGCGACACGCUAGAAAUGCGCGUGGCGGCGCUGGUGGACAGCGCCACGCUGGCGACACAGCGCGCGGUGUCACGAGCCUUGUUCGCGCGACACCGGCUCGCACUCUCUAUGCUGCUCACCGCCGCCGUGCAGCUGCACUCGGGUGCGCUGCCGCACUCCUACUGGCACUACCUAAUGCAUGGAGCGGGCGCGCCCGCCGGCGGAAUGCCCAAGAAGCCUGCGACGGAAGCGAUAACCGAGCAGACGUGGGCGGCUGUGAAUUUUCUGCACGAGCACGAGCCCGCAUUCACCGGCUUACCUGACGACUGUCUUAAGCGUAUCCCGCUCAAUGUUGGAGAAUAUUUUGUUGAGAUUCAUGUAGACAAGACGAACACGAGCAAGCCGACGGUGGACUGGGACAAGAGGCUGUCGCCGUUUGAGAAGCUGAUGCUGCUCAAAUGCCUGCGCGAAGAGAAGCUGGUGUUUGCGAGUUCGCAAUACGUAUCGCUUACUUUGGGUCCCGCCUUCAUCGAGUCUCCGCCAGUGCAACUGCCUACACUAUAUGCCGAUACGAACUCGACGACACCGUUGGUGUUUGUUCUGAGCACUGGUUCUGAUCCGUUUGGCGCGUUCCAGAAGUUUGCCACGGACAAGGGCAUGCGCGACCGAGUUAACUUCAUUUCGCUGGGUCAGGGUCAAGGGCCGGUCGCCGAAAAGAUGAUUAGCGAUGCCAAGCCAAAAGGAGAUUGGGUGUUUUUGCAGAAUUGUCACUUGGCAGCAUCAUGGAUGCGAAAUCUGGAGUUGAUUGUUGAAAGUUUUACAAGUGACCAGUCUCCGAUCCAUGAAGAAUUUCGUUUGUAUCUAAGUUCUAUGCCAACGCCGAAAUUCCCAGUGUCCGUGCUACAGAACUCAGUUAAAGUCACAAACGAACCACCGAAAGGUCUAAAAGCAAAUGUAAAGAGAGCCCUCAUUGAAAUGGAUACAGAUUUCUAUGAAAAUCACGUACUGGAGCAAGACUGGCGCACGCUGGUAUUCGGCAUCUGCAUCUUCCACGCGUUGGUGCAGGAACGCAAGAAGUUCGGGCCGCUCGGCUGGAACAUCUCGUACGAGUUCAGCGACAGCGACCGCGAGUGCGCCAUACUCACGCUGCAGAUGUUCUGUGCCGGCGGGGAGAUACCUUGGGACGCGCUCGAGUAUAUCACCAGUGAGAUAACGUAUGGCGGUCGAGUGACGGAUAUGUGGGAUCAGCGGUGUCUGGCAGCGGCGCUGAGGCGCGUGGUGUCGCGCGCAGCACUCAGCCCCGAACAUUCAUACUCGCCGUGCGGCCGCUACGCAUGUCCGCGUGUCCCACUGCUCGCCGACGCCCAGCGCUACGUCGACAGCCUACCCGACAACGAGCCGCCCGGCCUCUUUGGCCUGCAUGACAACGCCAAUAUUACAUACGAGCGGCAAGAGACGACCGCGCUGCUGCAGACGAUAGCGGAGGUGCAGCCACGAUCAGGAGGAGCGGGCGGGGAGCCCCCCGAGCGGCUCGUGUGGCGUAUUUGCGAGUCCACGCGCGCCUCCGUGCCCCACAAGGUGGAUACGUCGAUAACGCACGAGUCGGUGUUCGCGGUGGACGAGCGCGGGCAGCCGCUGUCGCUGGCCACUGUGCUGCACCACGAGCGCAAGCAGUAUGACACGCUACUCACUCUGCUGCACUCCAGCCUGCGUGAGCUGCAACGCGCUGUACAGGGCGUGGUGGUGAUGUCUGAGGCGCUGGAGGAAGUGUUCAAUGCGCUGGCUAACGGGCGUGUGCCGGCCAUGUGGCACGCGCGCGCUUACAACUCGCUCAAGUCUCUGGGCAGCUGGCUGCACGACCUCGCACUGCGCGUUGACUUUAUAGAGACGUGGUGGCGCAAGGGGCGCGGCGCGAGCAGCUGGCUACCGGGGCUGUUCUUCCCGCAAGGUCUACUGACGGGUGCGCUGCAGACUCACGCACGCCGCAACCGUUUGCCCAUUGAUGUGCUCGCCUUCGAUUUCCAUCCCACCUCCGUCUUUAUAUACCAAGACGAUAUUUAUGCUUUUAACAAGCACCCUAAGGAGCAAGUGGACGUGUACAGCGGGCUAGAGGCGCCGGACGAGGGCAUUAUCAUCCAUGGUCUGUACAUUGAGGCGGGCCGCUGGGACGUACCCAACGCCUGCCUCGCAGACGCUCUGCCAGGUCAGACAUGGUCGUGGCUGCCGGCCGUGCGGGUGAGCUGUCGGGUGGGCGCACCGCCGGCGGGCGGGAGGUACGAGGCACCGCUGUACCGCACGGCAGCGCGCGCUGGCGUGCUCGCCACCACUGGACACAGCACCAACUUUGUCAUCGCCAUACUGCUGCCCGCAGAUCAUCCCUCGGACUUUUGGAUCCUGCGCGGCACCGCACUGCUCACACAACUCUCAGACUGA